CUGGUGAAAACAUUCUCGCAGACAUCAUGCCACACCGGAAUUCACAGCACAAGCGUACCUGGUAUUACGGCACUCGAUGUUCAGGAUUCGUUGGUGCUGACCGGGGGUGCAGACCGUGCUGUUGUCUUAUUCAAUAGCGACACUGAAACAGUGCUAUCGACUUUCAAGGGACACCAGAAGAAGAUAUCGGCAGUUAUCCUGCAUCCGGGCAAAGAAACUUGCCUAUCAGCAUCCGCAGAUGGACAGGUUCGAGUUUGGUCGGUGAAGGACGAGUCGUGUCGUCAUGUCAUUGAAACUCACGAAAACGCUGUCACGGAUAUAUCGCUACAUGCAACCGGCGAUUACGUUCUCUCCGUUUCCAGCGAUUCGUCCUGGGCACUUUCGGAUGUUCAUUCUGGAAAAACACUUUGCAGAGUAUCGUCGGAUGAUAAGAAUAAGGUAGCGAUUUGCUGCGGACAGUUCCAUCCGGAUGGUCUGAUUUUUGGCACCGGAACAGCUGAUUCCAUCGUGAAAAUUUGGGAUUUGAAAGAGCAAACCAAUGUUGCCAAUUUCCCUGGCCAUCAAGGUUUUCGUUAA